GCGGCGCGGGGCGGCAGACAGCGCCCGCUCCGAGCUCCGCGCGCCGAGGGAUGAGCCGCGGCCGCCGCGCGCCGGCACCGUCCUGCGCCGCGCUCGGGGGCACCUGCAGCCGCCGCCCCGGCGCCGCGCCCGCUCCGCGCCGACAGACGCGCUGAGGCGGCCCCGCACCGCGGCUCCGGAGGAGCCUGCCUUCCUCUUUCCAGACACCGUCACUCAUCUCCUCGGCAUCAUGUCCUUUGACCCCGUCAUGUCAUCUGCCAAUGGCUCCGCCAACGGGACGGCCAGCGGGACUGAGGGUGGGAAGCCUCCCACCAUCCCCACCAUCAUGUUCAUCUUCGGCGUGGUGGGCAACCUCACAGCCAUCGUGGUGCUCUGCAAGUCCAGGAAGGAGCAGAAGGAGACCACUUUCUACACGCUGGUCUGCGGGCUGGCUGUCACCGAUCUCCUGGGGACUUGUCUGGUGAGCCCGGUCACCAUCGCCACUUACCUGCAGAACCGCUGGCCAGGAGGGCCAGCGCUGUGUGAGUACAGCUCCUUCAUCCUCCUCUUUUUUGGACUCUCUGGCCUCAGCAUUAUCUGUGCCAUGUCUAUAGAGAGGUACCUGGCCAUCAACCAUGCCUAUUUCUACAACCAUUAUGUAGACAAGAAGCUGGCGGGGCUCACGCUCUUCGCCAUCUAUGCUUCCAACGUGCUGUUCUGCGCCCUCCCCAGCAUGGGUCUCGGCAAAUCUACCUUGCAGUACCCGCACACUUGGUGCUUCAUAGACUGGCGCACGAAGGAGGCCACCCAUGCAGCAUAUUCCUACAUGUAUGCCGGCUUCAGCUCCUUCCUGAUCAUGGUCACUGUGAUCUGCAACAUCCUGGUGUGCGUAGCCCUCAUUCGCAUGCACCGCCAGUUCAUGCGACGCACAUCCUUGGGGACAGACACCACUUCCAGCCGUUUAUCUGACUUUCGCAGACGCCGGAGCUUCCGUCGGAUGGCCGGAGCAGAGAUCCAGAUGGUCAUUCUGCUCAUUGCCACUUCCCUGGUGGUGGUCAUCUGCUCCAUUCCUCUGGUGGUCCGUGUCUUUGUGAACCAGCUGUACCAGCCAGAAUCGGUGAAGGAUGUAAGGCAAAACCCUGAUCUGCAAGCCAUCCGCAUUGCCUCAGUGAACCCCAUUCUGGACCCAUGGGUCUACAUCCUCCUCCGCAAAACUGUGCUCAGCAAAGCCAUCGAGAAGAUCAAAUGCCUCUUCUGCCGCAUUGGAGGGGCUCGGAGGCAGCAUUCAGGUGGGAAUUUCAACUGCGUGGAUGGCCGCAGGACCUCCUCUGCCAUGUCAAGUCAGUCACCCUCCUUCAUCUCCCGUGAGCUGAGGGAGAUCAGCAGCACCUCACAAACACUCCUCUAUCCUCCGGAGUUAAGCGAAAGCAGCAUCGGUGGUCGUGUGCUGCUUCCAGGCCCCGGUGCCAGCUUGGCUCAGUCUGACACCACAUCAGUAAGGACACUGCGUAGCUCGGAGACCUCAGACUCUUCUCAGGGCCAGGACUCUGAAAGCAUCUUACUGGUGAAUGAAAUCAGGUCUGGUGGCGGGGCCAGCUCUGCAUCCAAGGGCGGCCCUCUCCAGGUCACCUUCCCAACAGAGACAUUGAAUUUAUCAGAAAAGUGUAUAUAGAUAGCCACAAAAGGCAUCAACAUUGGGGAUACUUCCUGGUACAUUGGAAAAACUGGUGCAAUAGUUAGGUGUUUUGCCUGUUUGAGGGGAAAGGGGUUCAGCUGUGCUCCAAAGGGCUAUUUUCCUCUUGCCGUGUGAUGGGUACAUUUUUCUUAGACUACUGAGGACUGUGUGAAACAGACCCUGCACUUCGGCUCUGCCAUCGGAAACGGUGCAAGGCAGGUCUGUUGGGACUGGAAACAUGAACUGCCUUGUCUUGUUUGGGGACACACGAGACCUACUGGGCCUGUAGAAAUAGAAAAACCCAUCACUUUCUUUUUUUUUUUUCAUUCUUUCCCUUUCUAAAUCUGGUAGAACUGUGUUUCCUUUCCCCAUGGUUGCUCAGCUAUAAAGAGUUUAAACUUCUGGUACUAGAGCUGAAUGUGAGGCAGCUGCUAGGAACUGGACAGAGCUACUCGGAGAGCUGCCUGGGGCAGGAUUUUAAAGUGUCUCACAAAAGCAUGAAAAUGUGAAUUUUUACCAUUGUAUAUAUAUCAGGAUUGAAAAUAUUUAAAAGUAUUCUUCUCUGUGAGAAGGUUUUUUUACUAAUACAAGGUAUAUAGAAACAAUUGCCAGCCUUCUCUUCCCCCAGUAUUUCCUGCUGAUAAGACAUUCUUGGUUUAGUUUUGUUGUCCAUACUAGGUUCACAGCUGAUGAGGUGAAUCUCUAGCUAAGAAUACAUAAGCACUUUCUGAGUGAAAUGGGAAUAUUUGCGCUAUUGAGAGAAAAAGAAAACGCAUCCUUUCAGUUAAGAAUACUCACUUUCAGUAUAUGUACAUACUAAAAAGCCAGAUUUUAUUUAUAUGCUGAGGAUGUUUCUCUGUGUAACGCAUCUGUGCCUCUCUGAGUACUUUGGCCCACAUUCUGCACACACUUAGGCACACACUUAACAUCACCCAUCAAAGUAGUCCCUCUGCUGCCAGGGAGACUCCUUACAUGUAAAGUUAAGGACAUAUAGAAGUGCUUUCAAUAUCAGGGCCUAAAACUUCCAACCCUUGGUUAAUAGUCUUAAUAGUCACUUUAGUUAAAGCAUCACUGAUGUAAUAAAGGUAUUUUUUCAUAACAUUUAUCAUUUUACUUUAAAUAGUAAAUAGAAUUUUAUGACUGUGUAAUCUGAUACUCCAUCAAAUAAAUGUACAAAACCAUGGAAGCAGAAUCUUCAUUUUAAAAGUAUAGAUUAUAUAGAAGCAUAUCCUGGUCUUGCAGCCCUUGCAGAUCAUUUGUUCCUAGAGUUUUAACAGUAAACACAUCACCAAAACCAGCUGUUAACCACUGACAAAAAGGAAUUCUGUGUUUUAUGUUGUAAGGGUUAAGUCUUGUUCCAGAAACACUGUUUAUUAAAAUAAUUCUGUACAGAGGUUUGGAGGGUGUUUGUCAAAUACUAAGCAUGUUAUGCUGCUUGAAGUGUUUUCAUGUGAAAUGCUUUAUUGUAAUCUUGAGCCUUAUGUUGAUAUGUUUAAGCAGUUGUACUGACCAGAGUAAUUUUGGAGAUCACAAUUAAAUGGAAAUGUUCUGCUUGAUCUCAGAAGUUUAUAUGAGUCUGCCAGUCAGUGCCAACUCCUUUCCUUAACACACCUCCUCCCUUCUUGGAAUGCUUUGCGCUCACCUGCUGACAAAACAUACUUUGUAAGUUUCCAAAACACCACAGAAUGAUAGCUAUCAGCAAGAGGCAUCUGUCUUCAAAAAUGUCUCCAAGAGCACCGACAGAGAGUCAUGGAAAUUCCUCAUGGAAGCAAAUGAAAAAAAAAGAAAAAAACCUAUACUUAAGUUAAACCUCAGUCCUACUCCAUUAUUUUCCUUUAACCGGAGAGCAGUGUAGAAUGUGAAGUUAAAUCCCUACACAAAUAUUUGCAGCAGUAGCCACUUUUUGACCAGUUAAGCUGGAGAACAGUAUUAAAUUCCUACAGCAGCUAUAGAUAAAGAUCUGCCUGAAUUCUUUGCAAGUAAACCACUUAACUCUGUCUGCUGCUGACCAGUGACCGACAAAUAGAAAACACUCAUCGUACUUCCCAAGACAGGAAACAGUACCUGGCAGCGCAGGAAGGUGGGACUGCCCCAACACUGGAUCACACCUUCGCAGCUGGCCUGAAGCAGCACACCAGUGUUGUUGGUACUGUAUGCAAUAACAGAAUUAAAUAUCUACAGUGUAUAAUAAGUGUUUAGAUAAGUGAAGGCUUACUAUUUUAAGUGGGAGUUAUUUUGUUCUUUUAUUAAUAUUGUUAUUAUUACUUUUCAGCAUUACUGAUGAAAAAUACACUUGGUCUGGAGGAGCUUUAAACAAGAAUAGACCAUCUUAAGUAGCUGACCUUCUAGCUUCCCUUAGCAAACACAUACAAUAAGCCUGAGGUGUUCUUCCUGCCCACAGCACUGCUGGUGUGUCCGUAGUGGACUGGACUCACAGCACACAUCAACGCGAAGGCCUUCAGUAAUGAAGUUAAGGAGUCUCAAACAACCUACUGCUCCCAAGGAGCCCACUAUGAGGUCUCCUGAGCAAUACUGGAAUUACCUCUACUGCCUAGUUGCAAGCACAGAUGGGCAUUCGUAAGCAGCCUGGCUAAAAGGACUGGGUAAGCGUGCCUUGGUUUAGGGUGACAGACUUUCCAUCACCUGCCCAACAGUCCCACUCGGCUCUGUCACCCUCCUACAAACAUGUUACUGAAUUAUCUUCUUCAGCCUCCCCAAGCAUAACAACUCUCACAAAAUAAAGCUACAAGUCUACAGAGAUUAAUUUGCCAUGUGGAAGUUAGAAAAGAGGCUUCUUUUCCUGCUAGGUACUAUGAUCGGUUUUGCUACAUUCAAAAGGGCUUCCCUUCUCACACAUAACAGCUCCCUUCCACUUCCAGACCCAAGAGAUGCUUAUA